GGGAAAAAAUGGUCACGUGAUCGCGCCGCGCAUGCCGGGAAGCCUGGUAGGUACGGUCGCCAUUUUGGACCGUAAUGUCGGCGCAUCAGAGGGCUUCGGACAACGAUGCUUGGGCUCUUUUAGCCCUCAAAUCGGCUCCGUCGAGCCCGUCCAAGCUGCAAUGGAACCCGGAACCCAAAGGGGUCGCGAUUGCGCGGCUCGAGGGCCGCGAGUUCGAGUACAUGAUCCGGCAGAACCGCAUUUCCAUCGGACGCAACAGCAGCCGCGGCGAAGUCGAUGUAAAUAUGGGCCACUCCAGUUUCAUUUCACGCAAGCAUCUCGAGAUCUUCUACGAAUACUCGCACUUCUUCAUGGUGUGCAACGGCAAGAACGGAGUCUUCGUCGACGGUGUGUUCCAGCGGAAAGGAGCGGCACCGCUGCCCCUGCCCAAAACGUGCGUCUUCCGGUUUCCCAGCACCAACAUCAAGAUCAUGUUCCAGUCGCUGGUGGACGAGGCGGGCCCGCCGGGGCUGGGUGGGGGCCCUCCCCCUCCCCGCUUAGAGGCAGGGUCUCUGGGGGCCGCCUCCCCCCUGGGACUGGCCUCCCCCAGGCUCCGCCCCCAGGUGCCGCCGCACCUGCCUAGGCCCCUGGCGCCCCUCAAGAUCAACAUCCCGGAGCCCGAGUCCAACUUCACUAGCCCCAUCCCAUCGCCCACCGGAACCCUAAGUGCGGCCAACUCCUGCCCGGCGAGCCCCCGUGCGGGCAGCCACCACCGCCGCAACAUAGCCUCAGACCUGCAGAUGGCUGCGGAGGCCGUGGAGCGGCACGAAGAGGCGGGGCCUGGCAUGGGACACGCCCUCGGGGGAGGGGCCCCGGGAGCCCCGCCUCACUCGAACAGUCAAGGCACAGUCGGUGGACCCGAGGGCGACCAGAAGCCACCCUACUCGUACGCCCAGCUGAUCGUGCAGGCCAUCUCGUCGGCCCAGGACAAGCAGCUGACGCUGAGCGGCAUCUACUCCUACAUCACCAAGAACUAUCCGUACUACCGGACGGCGGACAAGGGGUGGCAGAACUCGAUCCGGCACAACCUGAGCCUGAACCGGUACUUUGUGAAGGUUCCCCGGUCCCAGGAGGAGCCCGGCAAGGGCUCCUUCUGGCGCAUCGACCCCCAGUCGGAGGGCAAGCUGGUGGAGCAGGCCUUCCGGCGGCGGCGGCAGCGGGGUCUGCCCUGCUUCCGGACCCCCUUCGCCUCCUCCAGGUCCGCGCCGGCGUCUCCAAGCCACGGGACCCACAGCGGCCUGGUGACGCCGGACUCCCUGUCGCGGGAGCCCAGCCCUGUGCCCGAGAUGGAGGAGGGGCCCCACCACGGGGCCAUGGGUGGGCCUCCCCCUUCCAUGCUGGUGGCCAUGGGCGGGGGCCCGCCACCCUCCCUGGGACCUCCCUCCACCGCCUACCUGGGCAGAGAGAUCAAAGCCAGCCAGUCUGCCCCAGGCUCCCCCGGCAACAGCCACCACCUGCCGGGGCUGCUGCCGGCAUUCAGCAACAGCAAGCCCAAGGUGCUGGUGGCCCAUCAGCCGCCCCUCAUGGUGUCCAACGGGGUGCUGAGCAGCAGCAAUGGCAACGGCAUCCGCAGCGACUCACCUCGGCACGAUCAAGAGCGAGGCUACCCCAGGGCCCACCAGCCAGAGCCGCCGCAGCUCUUCUACCAGCCCAAGGCCCUGCUCCCGCCCACUUCUGCCGGAGGGGGCGGCGACCUGGGGGGUACCCCGUCCCCACCGCCGCUGAACCCGCCCACGAGCGUGAUCAUGCAGGCCCCGUCCUCCUCCGCGCUGGCCCCGCCACCCGCCCCGGACUCUUCGUCCUCCUCGCCUCCCUCUUCCGCCCCGCCCCCUCCCCCGGUGUCCACCCACCCACGCAAGAGGCACUACGAGGCCACCAGUUCGUCGCCGGUGGAACGCGAAGCAGCGGCGUCAUCGCCAGCGCCAUCCAAGGUCCAGCGGAGCGGCUCAGACGAGGCCACGUUGUCGUCAUCGUCAUCUGCCGCCUCGCCGCCCGCACCUUCUGCUACCGCGGUCAUGGCCGACUCCGCUUCUUCCUAAUAGAGGGCGGCGCUCGCUUUCAUUGUUGCGUUGUCUUCUUUUUUUCUUUUUUUUUUUUUCUGUCGGGAGACAAACUUAGGCACUUGUUUUAGCACAAUUUCUUUUUUCCUCGGUCUUCCCGAAAACAUUUGAUGGCUUUUUCUUUUUUUAGGUGCGCUUUAUGUUUACGUUGGUCACCAACAGCUGUUGAGUUGCGUGUGUUUGGAGUGUGCUGUCUCAAACUUUUUCUUUCGUGUUGUCGUCUUUUUCGUCCGCACGCAUCGGCCUCAUUCGUAAUGCUUCUCUUCCAUUUUGUCUUCAUCCGCUUUCUUACGUCGCGCUCUGCCGUCGACGUUGCAAAGUGCUCGUGCCCUUUGCAAAUGCAAGUCUCUGCUUAAGGUUUCGGGCAAGGUCUGGUUUCAUGAACGGGGGGAGGGGGGAGGAAGGAUUUCUUCGCCUCGUCUUAGAUGUUCUUUUCCCGCCCCGCCGCCGUAACGAGCCUCGUUUAGCAAGUUUCCCUUGCACACGCUUUCCUUUUGCAAGUUUGUGCGGACGAGAUUGAUAAUAGCAUCGCGCGUGUCACGCUCUCACCGCUUGGAACGACGGCGUUGUCGAAUCGCGGCUGCAAGCGCAGCCACCUUCGAAACGGGCUGAAACUCUGUCGUAGACAAGCAGAAAUGAUAGUGUACAUUUGCUAGCGUUUAGUUUCUUUGGCGCACUUACGGGAAACCCUCGUCCGGGUACGUCCCCAGGCUCCCCCGUUUUCGCCAUUGAAGGCAUCCCGCUGUUUUCAUUUCGAAAGAUCCCGCGGUCGUCGACACAACGUCUGCCCGGUUUGCCACCCGCUGCUGGCACCGGCGGCGGGUGGGGCACUUGCGGCAGCGGUCUGAGGUGUAACAUAUGUACAGGGAAAGGAUCUUUUGAGCAGCACGCUCGGGAGAAAGUUCUACUAGUGUACAGAGAGAGAAUUGUCUAUUUAGGGGGUAGGCAGGACUAAGACCGGCUAGUGCCGUCGUAUGCUUUGGUUUGGAGGGUUCGUCGUCUGGAAAGGUUUGUCUUCGCUUCCGAUUUGUUACGCCUCUUGUAGAGGGAUUUACGAGACAUGUACUAGAUGGGGAAGAACACCUUAAAAUCUCCCGGGUCAUAUCUUGCAUUUGUUUUUCUUCUCGAUUGGGACGGGCUGGGGGGUGGCGGGACUCCUGCGGAAGAACGAAGCUAGCUAGUCAAAAAAAAGGUAAAAACAAACCUGCAAACAGCAUGCGUACUCCGCGUAGCGCUGUGCGUCGUUGCAAGUUUUUUCUGCAUGGCCCGCCGCCUCUCCCACGACACCCCUUUUUGUUAAUCACUCUCCCCAUCUUGUUCCCGACUUUGUGCCUGUCUAUCCCGAUGCUUGUGCCGCUCUUGCCGUUCCGAAGUGUUUCCUCUUUUAAGACAUAUCACAGCUUGGGGGUUUUUGGGGCGGGAAGUGUUGUUACCAGAUGUUGUUGUGUCUGCAGCUGGCCGGCGUACGUUCGGCCUUCAAUGCGCAGCUCGGAGAGAGUCGCAAAUGUCGGGCCGACAUCGGUUGUAUGUCGGCAACGUCGUUCUCAGAAAGAGGCGGGCAGGAUGUUCGGCAUGUGGACCUAGUUGUGGAGUGGGAUGCCUCUUGCUACGUUUGGCUUCAUCAAAUAGCAAUCUGUAAGGUGUUUGGAGAGUUUUUGAAGCAGCAGCACAGAGUGGCCAGUCUGCCUAAGGCCCGAAUCAGUCCAAUCCUGGGCGCUGCUUAAGCUUGGUCGGGGACGCCCCCCGUCGUCGCCUCGGCUUGUACAGUUGGCGCAGGGAGAUUUUGUUUGGCUUUGUGAGCUUUCGGGAGCAUCAAUUGUCCCAGACAGGACGGCCGCAGUGAAAAGUUGCCGCACGGUUGUUUGAGAUCGCGUUUGAUUUCGACGUCGCCGUGCGUUUCACGUUGCGUCGCAUUUCUUGUUUUUUUUUCAUCUUUCGUUUUUAUUUUUGCUUGGCAGUAGAAUGGAUUUUGGGGGGCCAGUUAGCUGUACAUAGGCAAGGCAUGCGAGUCAUUGUUACAUAACUGCUCUUACUAUUUUUAAAGAGAGAGAGAGAGCAGAGAGAGGGCUUGGACAUAACGGCACGGCGCCGCUUCUUCCGACCCGCUUUACGACGAGUUUUCUCCCCGCUCGUCCAGUGUGUCGCUGGUUUGUGACGGUAGAUGGUGUCGUAGGCUUGUUUACAAAUUGUUUGUACAUACAACCAGUUUUCGGCGGGCCGGCAAAACCGGGCACCGAGUCCCGACACGGCUGCUGGAACGGCGCUUUGUAAAAUCAUGGGCGCUCGUCGAGACUUUUGCCGCCCCGCCCUAACGUUAGCACUAAAUCGGUGGUACUACUACUAACGAGCAUUACUGUAAUUCCCACCCCUUUCCCCAGCGUGCAUUGCUGCCUUCGUUUUGUCAUUUAUUUUUUUUUCCUCUCGAUCCCAGCGGAGUUCUUGUAGCUGAUAGUUGUCAUCGUCGUGAAUUCCCUCUCUUCCCUCCCACCACAUCGAGCGAUCGACCACCGCCCGUUUUGUGCGAAAAGUUGUAGUAGAGAAAAAAAUACGAAGUGUGGGUGUUUGUCUUUUUUUUUUUUUCAUAUUUCGUUGUCUUUUUUUUUUCCUUCGUGUGCGUGGCUUUUUUUCUAUCUUGGUCAUGAGAAAAAAUGUGCAGGAAAAAAGAAAACCAGAACAAAACAAGCAACACGACCUUUUAAAUAAAUUUAUUCUUUGUUGACGUU